CGUCGGUGCCAAUUGAACCCUGCAGCGACAUCAUGUUGGGCAUGAUCAAGAACUCGCUGUUCGGGAGCGUCGAGACGUGGCCUUGGCAGGUCCUGAACACGGGGAGCAAGGAAGAAGUUUCCUAUGAAGAGAGGGAGUGUGAAGGUGGGAGGUUUGCCACAGUGGAAGUGACUGACAAGCCUGUGGACGAGGCUCUGCGGGAAGCGAUGCCAAAGAUCAUGAAAUAUGUGGGGGGCACCAACGAUCAGGGAAUCGGCAUGGGCAUGACAGUGCCCAUUUCUUUCGCUGUCUUCCCUGCUGGAGACGACUCCCUGCAGAAGAAAUUGAAAGUCUGGUUCAGGAUCCCAAACCAGUUCCAAGACAACCCACCAGUACCCAGCGAUGACCAGGUCAAGAUCGAAGAAAGGGGCGGCAUCACCGUUUAUUCCAGGCAGUUCGGUGGCUAUGCCAAGGAGGCUGACUAUAUAGCCCAGGCUGCUCAGCUACGUGCGGCGCUGGAGGGCUCUGCCACCUUCCGCAGUGACAUGUACUUCUGCACUGGGUACGACCCGCCCAUGAAGCCCUACGGACGGCGCAAUGAGGUCUGGCUGGUAAAGCUGUGAGUAGUUCCUACACCAGUGCUCUGGACACAGGUGCUGUA